AUGAUCGAGAAGAUUUCAGGUCUCAGCAGUGAGGCGAAGCCGUCGCGAUCAAGCCAUGGCUCGCCUCUCAAGGGCGAGGUCUUUGUCGAUAUUGGAUGUGCUGAUGCUUCAGAUCCGGUUUGGAGCCCCAACAAUGGAAGCCUACUUAUGGACGUUGAAGAUACUCAAAAGCCUCAAGACUUUCAAAAUUGUGGUGGAACACCGAGCUACCACGAAGGGUAUGCUCCAGUAGUCCUAGGCUUCAGUGAAGGGCAUCCCGCCAUCGACCACUAUCCUCCACAGCCCAGCGUCUGUGAUUCCCAAAAGGAAAUUGACUAUAGUAGUCUACUACCCGCUGCAGCUACUCUGACUGGAUUCAUGCCUGACACAUUCUAUAUUGAGGACACGGCCCAAAUCUUCAACCCGACAACAGACAUACCAGUCGUUACAUGGGAUCAAUUUCAGCUAGGCUGUCAACAAGACUACAACAACCAUACUUAG